AUGGACUGGUUGCGAGACAGCUUCCUCGGACAAUGUUUGCGUCCUUUAUGCAAGCCGUCGUGGCUGAGGUACAAAGAAGAAAACCUGGGGUAUUGGCAAGAAAACCUCCAACCCGAGGGCGAAACGACAGUACCAGUAGAGUGGUACUCAGAAAAUGACGAAGAGAACCCCGAAAACUGGCCAGAGUCAAAAAAAGCCUUUGUGUUGUUCACUAUAGGCAUUUACAGCUUCGUGGUGUACAUGGCAGCGCCCAUUUACACGCCAAGCGAGAAUGCUUUCAUCGAUGAAUUUGGCGUGAAUAAUGCAGAAGCCUCACUCGGACUUGCUCUCUAUGUCUUGGGAUAUGGCGCCGGUCCUCUCUUUUUCAGUCCAUUGAGUGAGAUACCUCGUAUCGGCCGCAGUCUUCCUUACGCCAUUUCGUUUUUAUUGUUCUGUGUCAUCAGCAUCCCUACAGCAUUGGCACCCAACGCAAUCGGAUUCUACUUUCUUCGAUUCCUGCAGGGAUUCUUCGGCAGUCCCUGCUUGGCAACCGGCGGCGCCUCAAUUGCAGACGUCUACUCAUCGAAUGCACUUCCUCACGCCAUGACAACAUGGGUACUUUGCGUUUUCUCUGCCCCGGCGAUAGGUGUGCUGGUAUCUGGAUUCGCAAUUCCAGUUCUUGGCUGGCGUUUCUCGAUGUGGGAGAUAUUGAUAGCCGCAGCUCCAAUUCUCAUCCUUCUCUUCCUGCUUCCCGAAACCAACCCUGAUACCAUCUUACAUCGACGUGCCCGACGUUUGGAAAAGCAUGACUCGGACAAAUCCCGUGUCUAUCAGACUAAGGCGGACGUUUCCCAUGCAGGAAUUUCUUUUCAAGAAGUCGUUCGGGAGUCACUCCUCAUUCCUUCGAGGAUCACUUUCCUUGACCCAGCAAUCUUGUUUCUGAACUUGUAUACGUCUUUGACAUACGGUAUCUACUACUCAUUCUUUGAGGCCUUUCCGAUUGUUUAUCAAGGAAUGUAUGGCUUCAAUUUGGGAGAGAUGGGCUUAGCAUUCCUCGCGAUUGUUGUCGGGUCCAUCAUUUCUUUCGUGGUGUAUAAUUUCUACAUUCACAAGAUCUUCCUGCCAAAAGCCAAGAAGGGCGCGGUCCAGAAGCCAGAAGAUGUUCUGGUCCCUGCUUUGUACGCAUGCUUUGGGCCGGCGAUUGGAUUAUUCCUUUUUGGUUGGGCUGCAAAUCCAAAAGUGCAUUGGAUCGUGCCGACGAUCGGCAUCGUCAUCUAUCCGGCUUGUGUGUUUGUUCUGAUGCAAUCCAUCUUCCUCUAUAUCCCGGCGUGCUACCCCCAAUAUGCUGCCAGUGUUUUCGCAGCAACCGACUUCACUCGGAGUGCUUUUGCUUGCGGCGCUGUUGUCUUUUCCCGACCACUCUACGAGAAUCUUGGGGUGGGUCGUGGAUGUAGUUUGUUGGCGGGUCUGACUGUUGGAUGUGUGGUUGGGAUUUAUAUGCUUUAUAAUUUUGGAGAGAGAUUGAGACUGAGGUCCAAAUUUGUUUCCAAGUGGUGA